UUAUUUUAACAACCCCCCAGGAGGCUGAACCCCUUCAGUGCUCUGUUGUCCUGCACUUCACUUCCCAGUCAAUGUGCUGUUCAGUGAUGGUUUUCAGAGUUUUGCUUCUCCUGAGUGUCCUGGCUUCUUAUCAUGGAUUCAACUUGUAUGUGGAGAAGCCCACAGUCUUCAGCGAGAAUGCAACUGGCUUUGGGCAGACCGUGGUGCAGUUUGGUGGAUCUCGGCUUGUGGUAGGAGCCCCCCUGGAGGUGGUGGCGGUUAACCAAACAGGACAGUUAUACGACUGUACGUUUGUCAACGGCACAUGCCAACCCAUCUCAUUACACAUCGCACCAGAGGCUGUGAACAUGUCCUUGGGCCUCUCCCUGGCAGCCUCCAGUAAUGGCUCCUGGCUGCUGGCCUGUGGCCCAACUGUGCACAGAGCUUGUGGGGAGAACAUGUAUGCAAAAGGCUCCUGCCUCCUUUUGGGCUCCCAUAUGCAGAUCAUCCGGACAGUCCCAGUUGCCCUGCCAGAGUGUCCAAAUCAAGAGAUGGACAUUGUCUUCCUAAUUGACGGCUCUGGUAGCAUUCAUGAAAGUGACUUUAACCAGAUGAAGGACUUUGUCAGAGCUGUGAUGGACCAGUUUCAGGGCACCAACACUCUGUUUUCUCUGAUGCAGUACUCAAACCUCAUGGAGACUCACUUCACCUUCACCGAAUUCCAGAAUGGUUUGAGCCCUCGGAGCCUGGUGGAUCCCAUCAUCCAAAAGAAAGGCCUGACGUUCACGGCGACGGGAAUCCAGAAAGUGGUGAGAGAGCUAUUUCAUAGCAAGAAUGGGGCCCGAAAACGUGCCAAGAAGAUCCUCAUUGUCAUCACAGAUGGGCAGAAGUAUAGAGACCCCCUGGAAUACCAUGAUGUCAUUCCCCAGGCAGAGAAAGCUGGCAUUAUCCGCUAUGCCAUUGGGGUGGGAGAUGCUUUCCAGGAGCCCAGUGCCAGACAAGAACUGAGCACCAUUGGCUCAGUACCCCCUCAGGAACAUGUGUUUGAGGUGGACAACUUUGCAGCACUCAGCAGCAUCCAGAAGCAGCUUCAGGAGAAGAUCUUUGCAGUAGAAGGAACCCAAUCGAGGACAAGUAGCUCCUUUCAGCAUGAGAUGUCACAAGAAGGCUUCAGUUCAGUGCUCACAAUGGAUGGACCAGUACUGGGGGCUGUGGGGAGCUUUAGCUGGUCUGGAGGUGCCUUCCUAUACCCACCACAUAUGAACUCCACCUUCAUCAACAUGUCUCAGGAGAAUGUGGACAUGAGGGACUCUUACUUAGGUUACUCCAGUGAGCUGGCCCUUUGGAAAGGGGUACACAGCCUGGUCUUGGGGGCCCCUCGCCACCAGCACACUGGGAAGGUUGUCAUCUUCACCCAGAUAUCCAGGCAAUGGAGGCCAAAGGCUGAAGUCACAGGGACCCAGGUCGGCUCCUAUUUUGGGGCCUCCCUCUGCUCUGUGGAUGUGGACAGCGAUGGCAGCACCGAUGUGGUCCUCAUUGGGGCUCCCCAUUACUAUGAGCAGACCCAAGGAGGAGGGCAGGUGUCCGUGUGCCCCAUGCCCAAGGGGAGGAGCAGAUGGCAGUGUGCGAUCAUUCUCCGUGGGGAGCAGGGCCAUCCCUGGGGUCGCUUUGGAGCAGCUCUGACAGUGCUGGGGGAUAUCAAUGGAGACCAUCUGGUAGAUGUGGCCAUUGGGGCCCCUGGAGAGGAGGAGAACCAGGGUGCUGUUUACUUAUUUCAUGGAACCUCAGGAUUAGACAUCAGUUCCUCCCACAGCCAGCGGAUCACUGGCUCCCAGUUCUCCUUAAAGCUCCAGUAUUUUGGGCAGUCGCUAAGCGGUGGUCAGGACCUCACUCAGGAUGGACUGGUGGACCUGGCUGUGGGGGCCCAAGGGCACGUACUGCUCUUCAGGAGCCUGCCAGUGCUGAAAGUGGGAGUAACUAUGAGAUUCACACCCAUGGAGGUGGCAAAGGCUGCGUACCAGUGCUGGGAAGAGGUGCCCACCUCCCUGGAAGCUGUGGAGGCCAUGAUCUGUCUCACUAUCCACAAGAGCUCACUUGACCAGUUAGGUGAUGUCCAAAGCUCUGUCAGGUAUGAUCUGGCUUUGGAUCCGGGUCGUCUGAUUUCUCGUGCCAUUUUUAAUGAGACCAAGAACUGGACUUUGACUCGAAAAAAAACCUUGGGGCUUGGGGAUCACUGUGAAACCGUGAAGUUGCUUUUGCCAGACUGUGUGGAGGAUGUGGUGAACCCCAUCAUCCUGCGCCUCAACUUCUCCCUGGCGAGAGACUCCACCUUAUCCCGUAAUCUUCACCCUGUGUUGGCUGCAGGCUCACAAGACAUGUUCACUGCUUCUCUUCCCUUUGAGAAGAACUGUGGGCAGGAUCACAUCUGUGAGGGGGACCUGCGUGUCAACUUUAGCUUCUUAGGCCUACAGACAUUGAUGGUAGGAAGCUCCCUGGAGCUCAAUCUGAUAGUGACUGUAUGGAAUGAGGGUGAGGAUUCCUAUGGAACUGUAGUCAACUUCUACUACCCAGCAGGACUAUCCUAUCGCCGGGUGUCAGCAACACAGAAGCAACCCCAUCAGCGUCCACUGCGCCUGGCAUGUGAGGCAAAUCCCACUGGGAAUGAAGGCCUGAGGAGCAGCAGCUGCAGCAUCAACCACCCCAUCUUCAGAGAGGGUACUACGGGCACCUUCAUUAUCACAUUUGACGUUUCCUACAAGGCCACUCUGGGAGACAGGUUGCUUAUGAGGGCCAAUGCAAGCAGUGAGAAUAAUAAGCCUGCAACCAACAAGACUACCUUCCAGCUGGGGAUCCCAGUGAAAUAUGCAGUGUACACAAUGAUCAGCAGACAGGAAGAAUCCACCAAGUACUUCAGCUUUUCUAUUUCUGAUGAGAGCAGCAGGAAAGAGGCAGAACAUCGAUACCGCGUGAAUAACCUAAGUCAGCGGGAUCUGGCCAUCAGCAUAAUAUUCUGGGUUCCCAUCUUGCUGAAUGAUGUGCCUGUGUGGGAUGUAACUGUGAUGGCCCCUUCACAGAGUCUCCCCUGCGUGUCAGAGAGGGAACCUCCCCAGCAUUCUGACUUCCUGACCCAGAUUCCAAGGAGUUCUGUGCUGAACUGUUCCAUUGCUGACUGCAUGAGGUUCCGCUGUGACAUCCCCUCCUUCGGCAUCCAGGAGGAGCUUGACUUCAUCCUGAAAGGCAACCUCAGCUUUGGCUGGGUCAGCCAGACAUUGCAGAAGAAGGUGUUGAUCAUGAGUGUGGCUGAAAUCACAUUUGAUAGAUCUGUGUAUGCCCAGCUUCCAGGACAGGAGGCAUUUUUGAGAGCCCAGAUGGAGACACUGCUAGAAGAAUUUGAGGUCUAUAAUCCCAUCUCCCUCAUUGUGGGCAGCUCUGUGGGAGGUCUGCUGCUGCUGGCUCUUAUCACAGCCACAUUGUAUAAGCUUGGCUUCUUCAAACGUCAAUACAAAGAAAUGUUAGAUGGAAAGCCUGAAGACACUCCUACAUUAGGAGGGGAGAAUUUCACCUGUGAGGCACCAAAUUUAUCUUUGUCUUAAUAAUCCACUUUUAAAAUUUAUCUCUACUUCCAUGGGCUAGUUUUGUCCCUACCUAUGAAUCUACUUUCACAUGGAUCUGGACUUGCCUGAGCAACCUAUCAGGUAUUAAGCCACCUUUCUGAGGAGUUGAAAGGUUUUUAUACCUGUACAUAUCUCUUGGACUUUUUCAGGAUCAGAUAUGAUGCCAGCAUAAAUUUUCAUAUGGAUGUUUGUCAUACAAACUGAGAAUGUUUAUCACAUUUUCCUUGUAUGGAAGAGUUCUAACCCAGGGAUGAGGUUCUAGAAAUAGGUAGGGAAACCAAAUUGUGGGAUUAAAAAUGUCCUCUCACUUUCUCUGGUACCUGGGAGUAUCAGGGGAGAGAUUUAAAGGAAGUGUGUGUGUGUGUGUGUGUGUGUGUGUACGCGCGCGUGUGCCAGGAGCAUAUUGGUCUGUCAUGGGCUAUGCACAGGCUUCAGGAUCUUUAGUCAUGAAAAGUGGGAAAAGCGGUGGAAUGUUCAGUCAGAGCUCAUUUGAACCCAAGUUUCCCUUGAAUGGGGCCCCAAAAUCCAGGAGAGCCAGGCUUCCAGAAAGGACUAUCUCAUUUCCAGACUAAUACAGAAGAGCAUCAUAGAGAAUGACCAAAAUAUUUCAAAUCCAGAAUUAGGGCAUGACACCUCACACAGAGGACGGCAGGGCCCACAUUUGAAAUUGGGGCUAUCUGUAGAUAGCCAGGAUUCACAGAUGCUGUCAGUUUGGCCUGGGUGUGUCAGGGGAGAGUUACUUCAGGUCUGCACUCCUGGGUUCCCUUUGAUCAGCUGCAGACAAUGAAGUCGCUGAGAAUCUUAGGCUCCUCCUCUCGAGAAGAGGAACAAAAUUAUAUCUGGAUUCAGUUAUGUGAAAACCCUGUACAGCCUAGAGACCUAAAUAUUAAUGGGUAAGAGAGGGGGACGGAGAUUGCCUACCUGUCCACGCAGAACCCUCGAGCACCUGCCAUUAUCAGCAACUUGGGAGUAACACGCGAGAGCAACCACGCAGCCCGCGUAUGCGCCGAGCCGACAGGCCGAGCCAAGGACAAUCGGUGCAGCCCAGCGGGGCCCCACCCAACCCUUCGCUCCCGCUGUCCCCCAAAAGCCUAAGGACACAAAACUUUCACACCUUUAUUGUGCUUGGGAUUGUCCGCUGGGGCUUCAGGGGUCUUCGUAGCCCGUGGGCAGAGGGUUGAAGUGGGGAUUGUGGAAAAGAGUGUGGUUGCCGUCCCCCCAGGCGAAGGGCUGUAGAGAGAGCCGAGAAGGGACAGAGAGUGGCAGAGCGGCCCCGGCCAGGCGCGCGGGGGGGGGGGGGGGUCCCCGCACCCCCUUUGCCCGCCCUCUGGGUCCCGCAUACCUUGGUGCGAAUGCGGAGGUGGUGGUAGGGGAUGAACUCUGGGCGCUCGCGGUGGCCUGCGUGCAGCCAGCAGUUGACGGUGCACAGAGCCACACUGGGGAGCGCCAGCACGAAGGUCAGGAGGCGCCAGGUGCCGGCUGGGUGAGAGGAAAGGCGAGGGUGAGAGAGAAGGUCAAGGCCUCUGGGCGGAGGCCCUUGGAAGGUCUGGGGUCGCUUAGCCGGAGUAGGGGGUUGCCCGGAGGCUAGGGGGGUGUGAGUAGCGUGCGUGCGCGCGCGUGUGUGUGUGUGUAUAGGAACCAGGUGGGCAAAACCAGUAAGCAAGAGGGUCAGGCACGCUGGCUCCACUCACCUCCUGCCCCUCCGUGGUCUCCCUUGGCUGUGCUGGCCAAACCCCUACUCAAGGACCUCAGAGGCAGAGCCAUUGUGGCAAGAGAAGCUGGGAAUGGCACUGUCCUUCCACUCUCCUUCACUGAGGCUUACGCUCUCCUCCCCUUUUUUGAGCCAAUCACCUGUUGAGUCCGAACUUGGGUGGCUAUUUUUAGGGGUCUUCUAUAUUUAAAGUGGGGCCUGACUGGAAGGAGAUCCUCUCCAGGCGGUGGGUUUACUGUGUCUUUUAUUUUGACAAGGGGACAUGUAAAGUACAAUAUGCUGCUUUUAAAAUAGUUGCGGAGAACUAAUUUAUUCCAUAUUCCCAGUGGCUGGCACACAGUAGGCCUUUAAUAAGUAUUUGUAGAAUAGAUCAAGGGUCUUUUUGAAUCCUUUUUUCCAACUGUAAAAUCUAUAAUUUGUACUUAAAUUAUUUUUUCUAAUGAAGUUUAAGUAAAAUAGAAGUGUGCCAGUUUAAAGUCUGACACAAAACAGUCAUUUAAUAUAUGUUUUAAUCACAGUUCCUUGCAAGGAACAGAACUCUUAACUAGUUUUGAAAGAUAAGCAGCUGACAAUCUUAGCUCAGGGUAUUUCUGGUACAGCCAGAGAGGCCUCAAUCUGCACAGUGAGAAAUGAACCGUUUUGAAGGCCACUGCUGAACCCUGGAUGCCAAAAACUUCCAUUUACACAGCCUUGGGAAGCUAAAUUUGUCCAUCCUCACCCUGUUUUGAAAAUGGUUUCCUUGUGAAGUUUGUUUCCAGAGGUUGCUCUCUUUUUAAUCAAUAAAUCCUGUGGGUGCACCAAUUGGCAA